CCUGUGCCUGUGGAAUGCUGCUGCUCUCUAGCCUGCAUGCCGAGAGGGCCCAUUUGUACAAAUGCUUCCCGUUCAUUAAAGCCUCUUGCUCAUUGCAUCAACUGGACUGGACAUUGAGUUCCUGGGGCAGGGGACAGGCCAGAUUGGGGAGACUCCUCACCUCGAGGGUCUUUCAUUAGCUCAGAUGGAAAGGUGUCCUGGCAGUUGGGAGCCAAAGAAUACCACAAAGUCACACCUCACAACAAACUUCACACAAGAGAUUUAUUGGGAAAGGAAAAAUCCAGAAAGGUGGAUGCCACUGCUUAGAAACUGAGCAGAAGGACCGAAUCUGCUUUUCCAGAGGCACACACAACUGAGACCAUGGCAUUUGAUGGCAGUUGGAAAGUAGACCGGAAUGAGAACUAUGAUAACUUCAUGGAGAAAAUGGGCAUUAACUUGGUGAAAAGGAAGCUUGCAGCUCAUGACAAUUUGAAACUGACCAUCAAACAAGAAGGAAAUAAAUUCACUAUUAAAGAAUCAUGCAGGUUUCGAAACAUUGACGUUGUGUUUGAACUUGGUGUCAACUUUGACUAUACUCUAGCAGAUGGAACUGAACUCAAUGGGACCUGGAGCCUUGAGGGAAAUAAACUUAUUGCAAAAUUCAAACGUGUAGACAAUGGAAAGGAGCUGAUUGAUAUCUGCGAAAUUUCUGGUGGUGAACUAAUCCAGACCUACAUAUAUGAAGGAGUCGAAGCCAAGCGGAUCUUUAAGAAGGAAUGAGCAAGCUUCUUGGAGCCCAGAGCAAAACCCUGAAGAGCUGAGCUGAUGUCAGAGUCAUCUCUCCAUUGUGUUAAUGCCAGGCAGGUUCAUCCUUUCAUGAACACUGGCAUAUUCCCAGUCUUGUCAAAGCCCAAAAUGUAAAAGCUUGUUAGGACUUCAUUUGCUUUAUGUUCCUUAAGAUUUGCAUGAACUGGUUUUUAAAAGGAAAAUAAAUAUUGUUCACACAUUGCUCUGUAA